CCGGUCAGCAGAAGCCGCUGACGUCACGAAGCUGCCUGACAGGUACACGUGGCUCGGCGCGGCCCCCGGCGAACUCGGCCUCUCGUUGACAGCGCGGCAGACCUAGUCGGGCCGGCGCACACGACUGACCCCGGAAGCGAGAGCAAAGUCGUCACAGGAAGAUGCAGACGACACUGGUUACGUUGCUACUGGCGGCUGCGGCCGCCACGUUGUGUCUAGCAGACGACGCCUCUAAGGCGCCGCCUACCGGUCAGCAACAGCAGCAGCAGCAGCAGCAGUUCUACCAGCCACCCAAGCCAGAGGUCGUGCAGAAGCACCUGCACAAGCUCUUCGACGAGGAGCUGGACAAGGACGGCGACAAGUACGUGAACUCCGCGGAGCUCAAGGAGUACCUGAAGAAGUUCCACAGCCGCCUCAUCCUGGACAGCAUCGACAAGCAGUGGGUCUACUUCGACAAGGAGAUGCAGGAGAAGGUGCCGGGCGUCAAGGUGCUCAAGUGGGAGACCUACAAGAAGCUCUCCUUCCCCGACAGAGACCUGGAGAAGGCCGGCGAAGAGGGCAAGGCGGCGAAGGCGAUGCUCGAGCGCACGGAGCGCCGCUGGAAGCUGGCCGACUUCGACAACGACGGUGCCCUGGACAAGGCCGAGUUCAAGAGCUUCCUGCACCCUGAGGAAGACGAGCGCGUGCGCAACGUGGUGGUCACCGAGGCCAUCGAGCUCAUGGACGCAGACAAGAACGGCAUCGUCUCCUUCGAAGAAUACAUGGACCACCUGAAGCGCGUCUCCGGGCCGGAGAAGGACAAGGACAAGAACUGGGGACCGGCGCAGCAGAGCCAUUUCAGCACGUACAUGGACAAGGACAAGGACGGCGCGCUGAACGAGGACGAGAUGCGCGACUGGGUGCUGCCCAGCCACGACCGCGAGGAGGGCGAGGCCUGGAGGCUCAUCUCCGUGGGCGACGUCAACCAGGACACCCGGCUCACCAAGGAGGAAGUGGCCGCGCAGCCCGACUACUUCAUGGGCAUCCUGCCGCACGAGUUCUGGCAGCAGGAGGGACACGCCGGCGGCGUCAAGCAGAAGGAGGAACUGUGAGCAGGACGCCCCGACUCCUCCGCUGCUCCUGGCGCCGCCUUUCGGCCGGGGCCGCCACAUGUGAUACGAGUCGCACGCGGCGCUGUCUUGCAGCGCGGACUCGAAACCGUCGGUGGCCGCGCGCCUGGAGCUUGCGGAGCGGCGACGUCGAGCGUCAGCAGAACUCUCACACGCUGCGCGAGCAGUAUUCAGUCAUUGGGGGGAGGGCUGUCUGCACCACUCUGUCCUGGACUCGGGGACCUGCGUACAAAGGAGGGGUCGGAGGUCUGUCGGCGGAGUUAUUAAACGGUCACUGUGGCUGUCCGUCCGCAGCCACGAAGUGCGUUUCUCGACCGACAUAGUCCGCUUAUUUAGAGCUGUUACGAGAAUCAGUGAGGAAUAGUUUCAAUAAAUUUACAGCCGCGACACUCGGCGUUAGAAAGUGAGCCACGUGACUUUUGAUGAUCUACGAUUGCUUCACCGCACCUCGAUAGCAUUAUUCUUGUAAUCCAUCUCAAAUGACGACCUAAAGCUCCAGAACUAUAUAUAUUUAUCCCUCUGUGUUGUUCACUUCUUAAGUACCCUCUUAUAUAGUAAAGCGUAUCUCUGUUUUCUUUUUGUGUAAAAGCAGCACAAUAUUUAUAUUCCUCCACUUCUGGCUCUCGACAUCUUUCUGGAUCCGGGACGUUGUACAAAUUUUUCGCUGCAUGUCAUCAUAAGGAAAAAAAUAAAAGAG